AUGGGAAACUUGUCAAAGAAAACAAAGGAGGCUUAUGCGGAGCUGUGUCUGGCCCAAGAAACGUGUCUAUCUCAUCCCUCCACUCAAGCUAUGGAGCCGGAAAAUGUAGCUCUAAGAGGAUGGGAACAUGUCUCAAUGCUUGAAGAAAAAUAUUUGAAACAAAAGUCUAAGCUGCAUUGGCUCAAGGUAGGAGAUCAGAAUAACAAAUAUUUUCAUAAGGGGGUCGAAGAGAGGCAAGCUCAAAAAAUGAUAAAAGAAGUAAACUGUCGAGAUGGUCAUAUUGCUACAAGUGGAGAUGACAUCAAGGAGGAGGCUGAGGGAUUCUUCAGGGAUUUUGUUCAGUUCAAGCCGACAGACUAUGAAGGGAUUUCUAUCGACAGACUUAUGGAGAUUUUCCCUCGAUAUAGGGAUGAGGAUCAUGCUAUGCUCGUGCGUGAGGUCACAGACGAAGAGAUUAAGGGAGUUAUAUACGCUAUGCCUUCAGAUAAAUCCCCUGGACCUGAUGGCUACACUGUUGAAUUUUUCAAGAAGGCAUGGUCUAUAUAG